UAAAAGGGUCUAUAUACCCCUGAUUCUGAACACCAGGCCACAUUUACAAAAAUGUAUUAGUGGCGGGGCAUUCCCACCACAAACAUAUACUGUCCUCAACCCCUACACUACUGCUGUGAACACUACAUGAGAUGUGAUUCACAACCCAAGAACCCUUGUGACAACAUGCACGUUUCAGUUACUGGAUCAGUACGGAACUGGAUGUUAUCUUUGUCAAACAAUACUCUGACUGGAAGAUUCUCUGCCACUGCACGAGGCCAUCCUGCCACUGCCCUACCACUUCAGAAAGACAGGUCUCUACCAGGAGGGAGAUGGAGAAGGACAACGGACACUCAAGAGACAAGGAUCACUCAAACGCUCCCUCUCUCUCAAGAAGAAGUCGUCGGUGAGGGAGACAGGGAAGGAGGCUCCUGUGAAGGGAAGUGACUCGUUUGGUAACAAGAAGGAGCUCGUCAUCAAGAGAAACAAAAGGUGACGUAACUACACGUAUUUCAC